AAAAUUACAACUGUCACACAGUUGUGGUGUCAUUUUCACUACACCAAACAAUUUAGCUCUUUAUAAAGUUUUUCAAAAAUUAGUGUACUUGUCAACCAAGUGGACAAAAAUGUCAGUGAAGAGCAUACUUGAGAUGAAAUAUAAUGUUUGUGAUGUUUGAAAAGCACAAAGACAAAUCAAGGGAAAUUUAACUUGUGAGUAGAAUAUCUUUAUUAGGCAUCAUUUCCAAUCGAGCUGUAAUUUGGUCAAAAUAUGCAAAAAGUGUAAAAAUAUUGUUUAAUUGUGUGUAUUUAGGAUGCAAAAAAUGUGAAGUAUGAAGUUAGCCUUAGCGAGAAAAAGGAGUUCUGUUUAACAAUACAGAAUUGGAGAAGUGCUGGAAAUGACACUGUGUUGGGAAUAUUCAUGAUUUUCAGAAAAAAGAAAGACAUAAAUCUCCUGUGAUGCAUGUACAUACACUGUUGGACAUUGUUUGCAGACAAAUAAAAAAGUGCCUUAAGUUGGUACACCAUUUAAUAUUUUAAGGACAUAUUUACAUAAUAUUGGUUCUCUGUUGGGUUGCCACUGUAAAAUCUGUGUCCUGAAACAAAAUCAUUUGAGAUCUACUCCUGUAAUGGACUUUAAUACUCUUAAGAUGUUUACAAGGUAAAGAAUUUACAUGUGCACUAAUAUAAUCCCUCAUUACUAAGACAUUUGUUCAGACCUAUAGCUGUCAUGAGACUACAGUACUGUUCUAUGGCCAGUCGGAGUGGAGACACACAUCUGUGUCACGUCUCAGCUGUAGUAAACAUGAGAGUUUGCCUGUUAGAGAUAUGUGUUAUCUGUAGUGUCCAGACUGCUUGAAUGUGGCCUUCACUGGAAGGGUGCAUUUGGCAGUUUUUUUGGUGGGGGACACUAUUGCCUUCUGACCAUGUGCUGAACUCACCCCAUAUGACUCUCAGGAGACAUGCAGGGUCACUCAGCUGGUGCUCUGUUUAGUCUACUUGGGUUGUGUAAUCCUCAGCUGAAUGAUAUAACAUCAGACUUUAUGCAUGUUUAGUUGGCAGAGCUUCACUGAUAACUUCGUUGGAGGGAUGUAAAAACAAGUUGGUGUUGAGGGUUGAUACACUUCCCAUGAAGAGAAGUAAUGGAUGAUGUAAUGGUGAUUCAUCAUUGUCUCUGAUAUAUGGGGCGUUCGCUUACAACACAGGUUUCAAUGUCAUAACACUGAGUGACGCUGACAACGCAGAAUUAUCCAAAACAAACCUCACUUCAUCACGUUUAGGAGUUUGACUGAAGUCAUUGAAAAGGAGUGAACUAAUCGUAGAAGACACGCCAGUAUUGCACCCACACCCCUUCAUCGGGGCUAUGGAGGAGGAGGGGCAGCAGAGUCUGGAAUGCAUCCAGGCCAAUCAGAUCUUCCCUCGGAAACCCCCCGUCCUGGAGGGAGAGGAUCUGCAGGUGCCCUUCCCAGAGCUGCAUGGAGAAUUUACUGAGUACGUGGGCCGGGCGGAGGAUGCCGUCAUUGCAAUGUCCAGUUACCGCCUGCACAUCAAGUUCAAAGAGUCGGUUGUUAAUGUUCCCCUGCAGCUAAUUGAAAGUGUAGAAUGUCGGGACAUGUUCCAACUGUACAUCACCUGCAAAGACUGCAAAGUCGUCAGGUGUCAGUUUUCCUCGUUUGAGCAGUGUCAGGAGUGGUUGAAAAGACUGAGUGCUGUGGUCCGUCCUCCAUCUCAGAUAGAGGAGCUCUUCUCCUUUGCCUUUCAUGCAUGGUGUGUGGACCUUUAUAUGGGAGAGAAGGAACAGCAUGGAGAUUUGUGCAGGCCAGGUGAUCACGUGGUCUCACGUUUCCAUAACGAGGUGGAGCGGAUGGGCUUUGACACUCAGAACGCCUGGAGAGUCACUGAAAUCAACAACAAGUACAAGCUGUGUUCUAGCUACCCUCAGCUGCUGCUGGUGCCAGCAUGGAUUACUGAUAAGGAGCUGGAGAACGUUGCGGCCUUCCGUUCCUGGAAGAGGAUUCCGGCAGUGGUUUACAGGCACCAGAGCACAGGGGCCGUGAUCGCUCGCUGUGGUCAGCCUGAGGUCAGCUGGUGGGGCUGGAGGAAUGCUGACGAUGAGCACCUGGUGCAGUCCAUUGCCAGAGCCUGUGCUGUGGACAGCAGCUCCUGUAAAGGCGUCUCCAACGGCUCCCUCUCCCAUGAGUACACCAACGGAGCUGACCUCUCUGAUGUCGACUUUGACUCAUCCAUGACUAACAGCUCAGAGGUUGAGUCACUGGCCAUCCAACCUCGUAAACUUCUGAUUUUGGACGCCAGAUCUUACGCUGCUGCCGUGGCCAACAGAGCCAAAGGAGGAGGCUGCGAAUGCCCAGAGUACUACCCAAACUGUGAGGUAGUGUUCAUGGGCAUGGCCAACAUCCAUUCCAUCCGCAAGAGUUUCCAGUCUCUACGCUUCCUCUGCACGCAGAUGCCUGAUCCAGCCAACUGGCUGUCUGCUCUGGAGAGCACCAAGUGGCUGCAGCAUCUGUCCCUGCUGCUGAAGGCAUCUCUUCUCGUGGUGAACGCAGUGGAUCGUGACCACAGGCCCGUCCUGGUACACUGCUCGGAUGGCUGGGACCGCACCCCUCAGAUAGUGGCACUGGCCAAAGUCAUGCUUGACCCAUACUAUCGCACCAUUGAGGGUUUUCAGGUGCUGGUUGAGACCGAAUGGUUGGACUUCGGUCACAAGUUUGCAGACCGUUGUGGUCAUGGAGAGAAUGCGGAGGACUUGAAUGAGCGCUGUCCUGUCUUCCUGCAGUGGUUAGACUGUGUGCACCAACUCCAAAGGCAGUUCCCAUGCUCCUUUGAGUUCAACGAAGCCUUUCUGGUGAAGUUGGUACAGCACACUUAUUCAUGUCUGUUUGGAACGUUCCUGUGUAACAGUGGAAAGGAGAGAGAGGACAGACACAUCCAAGAACGGACCUGUUCCGUUUGGUCUCUCCUCAGAGCUGCCAACCGCUCCUUCAGAAACAUGCUCUACUCCUCACAUUCAGAGAUCGUGCUUCAUCCUGUGUGUCAUGUACGCAAUCUGAUGCUAUGGACGGCAGUUUACCUGCCAAGCUCUUCCCCCACAACCCCUUCAGAUGACUCGUGUGCCCCCUACCCUGCACCCGGUGCCAACUCUGAGGACCAGCCCCUGGACAGGCGUCCUAAGACCCGCUCGUUCGAUAACCUACCCAGCGCUUGUGAAGUCGGAAACCCCUUGACUUCGAAUCGGCGUUCCAGCGACCCCAGUUUAAAUGAGAAAUGGCAGGACCACCGCAGGUCUCUGGAACUCAAAAUUGGGAAUGGGCCUGAUGGUGCUAUAUCUCCAGAUCCAGAGGAGAGGGCCAAUGUGCAAACAGGGGUGGGACUUAUGGGAACAUUGUCCAAUGGUUGCACAGAGGAAGGGGAGGAGCUUGGAGAUGUCAGGUUGCCAAAGAUAGAGGGGGUUGACGAGGCGGAGCUGUCCUUGACAGUGGGUGUGGCUAUGGGCCAGAUGGAAAACAUUCUCCAGGAAGCAACAAAGGAAGAGUCCUCACCAGAUAACCGCAGAGACGCUAAAACAGACCUUACUAAUGAUACCUCUGCUCCAAAUGACGAGAGUAGCAAAAUUGCACAUUCAGUAGAAGUCGAAAGCAACAUCGUUAGCGGUAAUAUUGAGAUGCGGCUAACUGUAAGUGCCCAUGAGAGCAAAGCUGAAAACCUCAGAGACAGAAAGGUCAAUGGACAUUGUUCAGAAGAUGGUAGUUCCGAAGAGUCCUCUGCUCUCAGCCAGGAUACCUCUGGAAGCCAAGACUCUGAGGAACUAGCCAUGGAAGCACUUGAGAAGAAGACCAUACAAGAACUUAACCCCUCUCAUAACAUGCUUAAUUUAACUUCCAAUGGCCUCAGGACUCUCAGUAAUGGCUAUGGUGUUCAGAAACCACCAGGGCAGGGUCAGGAGUCUACCCCUUUCCCAGAGACAAGGUCUGAGUCUCUUGAGCAAGCCGAGAAACGCCUUUCUCUCUUGGAGAGCUCUACAGAGACGCUAACAGAGGACUUGGGUGUCCGACCCAAGAGUUCGGGACACUUGAUUAUUCCGCCACCUCUUAAAACCCUUGCCGAAUCAUCGUGCCUCAAACAGGGUCUAAAAGCUGACCCUCAAGGCACUCCCAGAACUUUAAACAACACCCCAAAACGGCCAUCUCUCAGUGCCUUUCCACCCUCUACUGACCUCCUCCACCCAAUAUUUAAUGGAGAGCCCGCAGAACCAGAGCCCACUACUCCGCAGUGGGCCCGCACAAAUGGGGAACAGGCCACGCUUAGCCGACAGGUGUCACUGGCUAGUUGUGGCUCGCUGACUCUCCAUGCACGGGGCAGCUGCUCCCACCAUCGCUGCCUGCACUUGGGUUUUCUUGGCCGGCCGAGCUUCAGCCCUCCGGAGCCCCCCUCAUCCCGUAGCCACCUGGAUGACGACGGGUUGACCCUACACACUGACGCCGUGCAGCAGCGCCUGAGGCAGAUCGAGGCAGGUCAUCAGCUGGAGGUGGAAGCUUUGAAGAGGCAGGUACAGGAGCUCUGGAGUCGUCUGGAGAGCCACCAGACCACUGGGAUGUUGCGACUCAAUGGAGACAUCAGAGAUGAAGUGACCUCAAUCACAGACUCUGACUUCAACCUGGAGCCCAACAGUCUGUCGCGCUGCAGUACUGAACUGUUCUCGGAGGCCAGCUGGGAGCAGGUGGACAAACAGGACACUGAGGUGACCCGUUGGUACCCGGACCAUCUGGCUGCCCAGUGCUACGGCUGUGAGAGAGGGUUCUGGCUGGCCACUAGAAAGCACCACUGCAGAGGCAAGGAGCAUAUGGAAGAGAUUUGGAAUUGUGGGAAUGUGUUCUGUGCCAGCUGUUGCGAUCAGAAGAUCCCGGUGCCAAGCCAGCAGUUGUUCGAGCCCAAUCGAGUGUGUAAAUCGUGUUUCAGCAGCCUGCAGACUCCAGCGUCAGCUCUGGAGAUAGAGCUGGACAAACCCAUCACGGCCAGCUCCAACUAAACCCAGAACCAGGUCAAAACGCCCACACACGAACAACUGCGGAGGACCCUUGGGACACGUUGAAGGACGUCCAGAGACUGUUUUCGUGGGGCGUAGUUGCUUAAUUGUAUUUUCCCACCCGGAAGGGAAUCGUGUAUAUACGGAACGGAGUGGAACAUGCAGAAAGUCGUCCGGAGAGGAUGCUUAGCACUUUCAGUUGGCGUUUGAGGACUGCUAAACGUAUUUUUGCAAAGGCGGGGUGCGAUUUGUGACUGCAUUAAAAGCUUGAAAGGUUUCUCAAAAGGCCAGUGGACGGUGUUUUACUGGCGUUUGUUUUCAAGAGUUUCUUUUGAGUAGGAUUUCCUUUAUCAUCUCGCAAACAUUAGAUUUUCGUUGACGUGCUUGGGAAUGCCACAGGGUGAAAGGUGCUUUUGGGAUGAGACCGUAAUAUCUACUUUGUGUCUCUUUCAUUGAGAAAGUUAGUGGAAAUUGUCUUUUUCCUUGACUUUUUCUUCUGUUUUAGACAUUGCACAGAUCGGCAGUCCAUUUGGGGUUGAUUCUGGACACCAAAAAGCGUUAAAACUCACCUGAUUUCCAGAUUAAUUGGAGACUGUUGGUUUGCAACCCCAGUUAAAGGCCUUGGACGUGCUUGAAUAGAACCCUUUGCGCCAUUGGCUAUAAAGUGACAGGAAGUGAUGUUAGCAUGGACCGCUAGAGGGCACUGUUGGCUUUCUGGUGACGUCUGAUUCUGAGACAUUCUCACUAAAGCGUUUUUUUUUUUUUUUGUAACAUAAAUGCGAGACUAAUGAGAUAAUAUAUUAGAAUGUUGUAAGAAUGAGACGUAUAGCAUUUAAGAUGAGAAAUUGUAUAGAAUUCUUGAAUAGUGGCUCACGAAAUUAGUCACCAAAUAUAAGUUGUGUUUGUUUUCCCCAGUUGUAGCCAUUUGGGGUUUGUUUAUUCUUUUUAAUGUAUUUCUUUUUUCCUAAUUUUUCUUCUAUUAAUCGCUGAAAAGAAUUUAAAUGACAUAUGUAUGGAGAGAGGUAUUGUAUUUGAAAUGCAGCGCUAGGGCCCCAGAAUUGUUUUAUUUAUUAUCAAGUUUAUUUGUUCAACCCUGACAAUUGAUAUGCCACAGGAUAAUCAGUGUUGAUCAGUGUGUGCUGCCUUUGCACUGAAGACAAAUACCCCCCCCCCCCAAGAAUUAAAGGGUUAGU